AUCUAAUCAAGAUUUGAAAAAUCAAAAGACAAUUGCUGUUGUAUCAACAAAUCCUUUAAAAGUGCAAAAUGUCUAAAAGCAACGCAUCUGUGGAAGGUCCCCGUUUUGAGGAGCACCUAGUCUGUCCAUUCGAUGGAUUACAUCGCAUAUUGCCGCUCGAUAUGAAGACGCACGUGUUGCAGUGCGCCAAGAACUUUCCUUUGGAAAAGUUGGUGCACUGUCCAUAUAACUGCGGUCAAAUACACUCGGUUGCCGAAAUGGAGAAUCAUAUCAAUGAUUGUCCAGACCGAGCAUAUUUGGAGCGCAACAAUGUGCCUAGUGAUGAGUUGCCUUCUUUGGCACAGCGACCGCGUGGUGUUGAGGUGGAGAGCGAAGAGGAUUGGGAUGCCGAACCGCCAUCUCAGACGUACAACCCUAGUCUUCACUGCGAGAGGAGCAUGGUUAUCCGUACCAUACAUGGAGCUACACGAUCCGCUCGUCGAGAAUUCCGCAAACGCGAGCAAAAGCGAUUAAAUGAUUUAAAUCCAUAGAUCAAGUUUACGAGUAGUAAAAUAAAGAGCACAGCUC